GUUCGUGACAGUUGUGACGUCACGGGGCGGAGAAGGCUCCGGCGCGCUUUAAGUCACGUAUAUUUCGAGCUGGUGACGCGAUUACACCGAGCGCCGCCAUCUUGACACCGGAGGAGGAUGUGACCGGAGCUGCGGACCAAAGAGCAAGAGCGAGAGGGGAUUGUGGAACCUACGUCUAGUGCUGUCGAUGCUUCCCCCCAUGGCGGUCGGACCCCCCAGUUCCUGAGUGGAAGUUCCUGUGAUGGAUCAUAGGGAUUCGGCUAUGUUAGGAGUGACCCCUAAUAAGGACGUGUUUGUGGAAAAUCUCAGCAGGAGGGACGCCCCCCAGGAGUCAAGUAGCAGCCAGUCGGAGGCACAGCUCUGCCCAGGAGAGGGCACUGACCCCCAGCACUUCUCCAUCACUCAGAGUAUUUUUUCUGAGGGGCAUUUUAAGGUGAAAAUUGGACUUCAAACCAAAAGGACUAAAAAGCCCCCAAAGAACCUGGAGAAUUACGUCUGCCGCCCGGCCAUAAAAACAAGCAAUAAAUCCACCCGCAAACUGCCCCCCAAGGCCGGCAACAUACCGGAGGGCAAACGGGAUGGCAUCCCCCCUAAACAGGAUCCAGCUGCAACUCCCAGGAAGCCCGCAGAGAAUUCCCACAUUAACUCUCCUGAGUUGGAAUGUUUACAUGCUAGCAAAGAGGAAGAGAGAGGCCGUGUGUCUAACAACUCGUCACCCCCAGAAGCCCUCAGUCUCCCCAACGCUUCCUCCAGGCCGGCACCCAGAUCAGUGGGGAACAGCUCAGCGAAUAGCGUGACUGAGAAGCUGGCCCAGCUCAUAGCAACUUGCCCCCCUGCCAAGUCUUCCAAGAGCAGAGUGAAGAAGCAGCCAAACCCAGGACCAAACGGUACCAAGGAGGUUGGUGGUACAUCAGCCCAUGAGCCAGCCCUUGCUGCCCCCCAGAGUACAAAGCCUCCCAAUGGCAGUAGCAUCAGUGCCGCCUGCUCAGCAGAAAAGCUAAAGGAGCAGCUGCCUGGCAAACAGGGGGGCGGUGGGGCAUUGGAGAGGAACAGCCAGCGGCAGGAGGGACUGAUGGAAAAGUUACCUGGCACCAGGAAAGAGCUUGGUGACACUACCUUGUCCCUCGGAGAGAAAGGACUUUCCCACUCAAACCCACAGGAGAAGAUGCUUCCUGUAUAUUGCACUUCAUUGGACUUCAGAAUGGGAGGGGCAUCAGAUGCCUCCACAGCUAAGUCGCCAUUUAGUGCGGUGGGUGAGGGAAACCUCCCGUCUCCAGCACCUGCGACCUCAGUCACCUCCAACAGGACCUUUCCUCACUCUCCCAAUUCUUUGCACUUAAACCCAGUCUCACCGGAAUGUACUGACCAGCCAACUGACAAGAGUCCCUUUGCCUCAGACAAUGUACCUGGGCCCCGAGGCCACCGAGCUGCUCAUCAUAGUCUGGAGUCGGACUUGUAUAAAAGUCCCCACGGCGAGACAAGUAAAAGUCAUUUGCCUUCUGGCCUCCGUAUCCCACCGAAAGAGCCCAGCAGCCACAAGUCCGACCCUUCUGUUGUCAGCUUUGCCACUUUGCUUAGGAAACAGCGGCAACUGAAGAUCAGCAGCAUGGCGGCACCAACAGAGAGGCACUUCAGCUCUUCACCAGCCAUAAGUCCCAUUCAUCAGGCCAAAAUGAAAGGGAAAAAACCCAAGUGGAUGAAGGUUGUAACUAAAAGCGCUGGUCAGUCUGCAAAGUUGUGUGCUGAUCCAGGAGCUGAGCAGCAGAACCUUGGCAGGGGCAUAGGGGCGGCACCGUUACUAGCACAUACAACCAAAACCAGUUCUUUCCCCAAGGCUAACCACAAACUCUAUGAUUCCCAUAGGACCUACUCCUCGUUGUGCAGCCCUAGAGAUCAGAAAUCCAGAAGUAAGGACAUGCCGCAUUUAGAUGCAUCCCCCAAAAGAGCCCUAACAAUUCCCGCUUCCAAAGUGAUCUCCUCCCAGUCAAAAGAAGAGCAAGGGCCCCCCGUCCUUCAGCCCGAGGUGGAGAUACCUCCCUCUCACCUCAGCCAAACUGGACAGCUGGUUCCUAAGAAGCGAGGCAGGCCCAGGAGACAGCUAGCUCCACCGCUACUGAGGCCUUCCCCUGGACUUUCCACUCUUAGUGAAUCUGUCCGUGUGGAGGAAUCCGAUGCUGGGCACCACAACAAUAUGGAUCCGUUCAGAGAGGAGUCUAAGGGGGCAAGUAACCAGGGCUCGGAAUCGGCCAGGAGACCGCUCAGUAAAGGUAACGGGCAGCUCUUCAAAACAAUCAUCAGAAAGAUAAAUAAAAUGAAGAGCAUAAAGAGAAGAAAGCUCGUGAGCCAGAUUCUGUCCGGCAGCUCAGAACACAGCACUAGGGUCCAGCCCAAGCUGCAAGGAUCUGUCUCAAGCCUCGCAGCCACUUUCAGCUCUAAAUUAGGGCAGCAAAUAAAUGUCAGCAAGAAAGGAACUAUUUACAUAGGAAAGAGAAGGGGUAGGAAGCCAAAGGCUCAGCACGAGUGCCUCCUAGCAAAGAACUCUUCUUGCCCCCCUGCUUUGGAAAGUCCAGGACAACAAUUGGCCAGUCCCACCCCACAGCCUCCUGCAGCCUCAUGUCCUGAGGUUCUCCCGUCUCCUGUCAGCUCCCAUUUAUCUGCUACAAGCGGAGCCCUGAGUCCAGUUAGUAGUGAUGCCAGCUUUGUGGAACCGAGCUCCUACUUGCACUCACGCCACAGCUCAGCUCUCCAAACACUGGCCAUGAGAAAAGCUUCCAAAGAUGCCCGGCAGCUGUCUCCCCCCACCUUGCUGCCCAACUCUCCGGCCCAUAUCAGCGAGCUGUCCUCGUUAAAAGAGGCCACGCCUUCCCCAAUUAGUGAAUCUCACAGUGACGAGACCAUCCCGAGUGACAGCGGCAUUGGAACGGAUAACAACAGCACGUCGGACCGGGCAGAGAAGUUGUUUGGGCAGCAGCAGCAGCAGAAGAGGAGGAGGCACUUGUUUGAGCACAUGCCCCUGAUGCCCGUAGAAGCCUCUGUGCUGCUGAGCACUCUGAAGGAGAAACACAAGCACAAAUGCAAGCACCGGGAUUUCCUCACUUAUGACAAACAGAAAAGACAAAAGAGGAAAAGGAAAAAGAAGUACCCUCAGCUGCGCACUCAUCAGGAUCCCGACUUCCUGGCCGAGCUGGAGGAGCUCAUCAGCCGUCUGAGCGAGAUCAACAUCACCCACAGGACUCACCAUUUCAUCCCCCAGGAUCUCUUGCCCACCAUUUUCCGCCUCAAUUUCAACAACUUCUACAGUCACCCCACGUUCCCUUUGGAACCGUUGCACUACAUCCGUAAACCUAACUUAAAGAAGAAGAGGGGCCGGCCCCCGAAACUGCGGGAGAGCAUUGCCGAAAUGCCAUUUAUGCACAGCCUCGGCUUCUACCCUUCCUAUGGAAUGUCUUAUUCUCCUUCCCCGCUCACGCCCCCUCCUAUUGGUCUAAGUUAUUAUGGAAGGUACCCGCCCACAAUCUAUCCUCCUCCCCCCUCUGCCUCAUUUACUACCCCAUUGCCCCCUCCAUCGUACAUGCACACAGGCCACUUGCUCCUCAACCCUGGCAAGUAUCAUAAGAAGAAACACAAGUUGCUGAGCAGCAGCAGGACUCCUCUCCUUCCCAUGAGCACUUACCCUAGUGUUCCUGCAGAAAUGGCAUACAGCUGGAUGUUUGAGCACAAGCACCGGCACCGGCACAAACAUCGCGAGCACCGACUGCCCGACCAACUCUCCAUUGAUCCCUCUUCCAGGUCUGUUCUGGAGUCGCUAAAGCGGUACAGGUUUGCUAAAGACUCUGUUAGCGACAGGUACAAACAUAAAGACAAACACAGGUGCCAUCUUGCUUGCUCACACCUGUCCCCGUCCCAGGGGUUAUUGGGCAGAGAUGAACGUUGGGCACGGAGAGAUUUCCCAGACAGACGCUCCCUUUCCCUGGGGCUGCAGAGCCCCUUACAGAUAGACUGUUCCGACAGCUCUCCGGGGCGCUCUCUCGGAGGAUUCACCCCCAGCUCAGAGCCAGUGAGCAGUGAUGAGCACACCAAUCUCUUUACAAGUGCAAUAGGCAACUGCCGGACUGGUGGCCCCAUGAGCGGAGUCGUCGGACGCAAGACGCUUAGCGAAAACUCCCCCUUUUUUACAGAGAGCGCUUUAAGCAGAUCUCUAAGAAAAGAGCAACUGUCCAAUGACAAAAUCCCUCAGGCUGUGCCAGCAUCCCAGGAGAGGAGCCUGAGGCAGUCAGACAGAUCCAGCUGUAGCCCGUCCACGAGAAGGACUUUGUCAGAGAGCCCAUCCCCUGCAUUGAUGGGAGGCGGGGCACGAGGUACGAGGAUAGGUUCCUUGGGGGACGACUCUGCGGAGCCUUUACUUCAGCGUAUUGCACAUAGUGAGAAGGCAGACCCCACAGACAAGACUAAAGAGGCCGCUCUCAUUGCCGAUGCCCCAACCUCUAGCAGGUCCUCUAGGGGCCACAGCAGGGACAGAAUCCAGGAGAACCGCAUCCCAACUGCAGAGUGGCCCUUGGAUGGCCCAAGGGCAGUGUCCAGGCAGCAGCUGAAGCGCAGCAUGGUGGAGGCCAUACACAAACAGGCCAAGAGAAUGUACAACUAUAACAAUAUCCUCGUCAGCAAGAAGAACUUGGACCAUGUCAAUAAGAUUCUAAAGGCCAAGAAGCUGCAGAGACAGUCCCGGACGGGUAAUAACUUUGUUAAGAGGAGGCCGGGGAGACCUCGCAAAUACCCUCUGGAUUCCCAGCAGGCUGCUCCGCUGCCCCCCAGCAUGAGCACCGACACUGUCACGGACGUCAUUGAAGCUGUGGUGCAGAGUGUCAGCCUUGGAGACGAGCACAGAAAAGCCUGGAAGAGGCAGCACUUGGCACUGGACAAACAAGUGACAAAAAGGCCAAAAUCCCUGUACGAGGAAGAUCGGGAGAGCAGUAAUAGGCUGUGUGAGUUUGCCCGGGCAGAGGCUGUGCCAGUGAAUGAUAUCGGUAGGAACCAAGAGGAACGAAGCGAUGAGCUGCUACGCACUAUGGCAGCGCCUCCUCUGCAGAAAGAGAAGAAAAUUCCUCGAGUGCCCAAGAAGAAAUAUCAGAAAGCUGGCCUUUUCUCUGACGUGUACAAGACUCUGGAUCCCAAGAGUCGCCUGAUGCAGCUGAAGAAGGAGAAACUGGAGUAUGAUCCCAGAGAGCAUGAGUACAGCCUACUGCCGGCCCCCAUCAAUAUUGGGAAGUAUCUGAGGCAGAAGAGGAACGACUUCCAACUUCCCUACGACAUCCUGUGGCAAUGGAAACAUAAUCAGUUGUACAAGAAGCCCGACGUCCCGUUAUACAAGAAGAUACGUUCCAACGUGUACGUGGAUGUGAAGCCACUGUCUGGCUAUGAAGCGACUACGUGCAACUGCAAGUAUCCAUACACCCAAUCAGAGAAGGGCUGUGUGGAGGACUGUCUGAAUCGGAUGAUAUUUGCCGAGUGCUCCCCUAAUACGUGCCCAUGUGAGGACCAGUGCAACAACCAGCGCAUACAGAGGCAUGAAUGGGUGCAGUGCUUAGAGCGCUUCCGGGCUGAGGGGAAAGGCUGGGGCAUUCGCACCAAGGAACCACUGAAAGCGUCACAGUUCAUUAUUGAGUAUCUGGGCGAAGUAGUCAGCGAAACAGAGUUCAGGAACCGCACAAUUGAACAGUAUCACAAUCAUAGUGACCAUUAUUGUCUCAGCCUGGACAGUGGCAUGGUGAUUGACAGCUACCGAAUGGGGAAUGAGGCUCGUUUUAUCAACCAUAGCUGUGACCCCAACUGUGAAAUGCAGAAGUGGUCAGUGAAUGGUGUAUAUCGCAUUGGACUGUAUGCGCUGAAGGACAUGCCCGCUGGCACAGAACUGACGUAUGAUUACAACUUCCAUUCCUUCAACACGGAGAAGCAGCAAGUGUGCAAGUGUGGUGUGGAGAGGUGCCGGGGGAUCAUCGGAGGCAAGAGCCAGCGGGUAAACGGGCUACCAAACAAGGCCGGGCAUCUCAUGUCGUCUCAGCGGAGACUCGGCCGCUCCAAGGAGAAAAGGAAAUCCAAACACAGGCUGAAAAAGCGGAAAGGUCACCUCCCUGAGGAUGGUGGUGAUGCCGUUGGUACUGCCAGCAAGCUCGGCCCACAGCUGCACAUGAAGCCCAUGUCUAACCGGGAGAGGAAUUUUGUGCUGAAACAUCACAUUUUCCUGGUGCGGAACUGGGAGAAGAUCCGUGAGAGACAGGAUGAGGUGAAGGAGAGUCUGUCCCCGGGGAGUCUGUACAGUCGCUGGAGUAGUAUGGGCAGGGACGAUGGCAACAUCAAAUCAGAUGUGUUCCUGACCCAGUUCUCUGCCCUGCAGACCUCACGAUCCGUUCGCACCAGGAGACUGGCGGCGGCACAAGAGAAUAUGGAGGUGGCUCGGGCUGCCCGCCUGGCACACAUCUUUAAAGACAUUUCUGAUGGUAUUAUAUGCUACAAAGAUUCUUCUGAUCGACCCCUGGCUUCUCCUCUCCUGAGUCUUCCCAACAAGAAAAAAAACCCCCACUACUAUGAGAAGGUGUCAGACCCCCUGGACCUGUUGAGUGUGGAGAAGCAGAUCCUCACUGGACACUACAAGACGGUGGAGGUGUUUGACACAGACAUGCUGAAAGUGUUCCGCAAUGCAGAGAAGUACCACGGGAGGAAGUCCCAGGUGGGCAGGGAUGUGUGUCGGCUCAGGAAGGCCUAUUAUAAUGCCAGGCACGAGGCUGCUGCCCAGAUUGAUGAAAUAGUGGGCGAGACAGCCAGCGAGGCAGACGGCAGCGAGACUUCCUUGUGUGACAAAGAUGGCGGAAAUGAGAAAGAUGAUGACAUCAUCCGCUGCAUCUGUGGCCUCUUCAAGGACGAAGGGUUGAUGAUUCAAUGCGACAAAUGCAUGGCGUGGCAGCACUGUGACUGCAUGGGGGUCACCUCUGAUGUGGAGCAUUACCUGUGUGAGCAGUGCGACCCCCGUCCUGUAGAUCGGGAGGUUCCCAUGAUCCCCUGUCCCCAUUACGCACAGCCGGGAUUUAUCUACUUUAUUUGUCUGUUGCGGGAUGAUCUGCUCCUACGCCAAGGUGACUGUGUUUAUCUGAUGAGGGACAGUCGUCGGACACCAGACGGACAGCCAGUGCGCCAGUCAUACAGACUCCUGUCUCAUAUCAACCGUCAAAAACUUGAUAUAUUCCGCAUAGAGAAGCUGUGGAAGAACGAGAAAGGGGAGCGCUUUGCCUUUGGGCACCAUUACUUUCGGCCGCACGAGACGCAUCACUCGCCAUCACGGAAGUUUUAUUACAAUGAGCUCUUUCGGGUUCCCCUCUAUGAGAUUAUCCCCCUAGAAGCUGUGGUGGGCACCUGCUGUGUCCUUGAUCUGUACACUUACUGCAAAGGCAGACCAAAGGGUGUGAAGGAGCAGGAUGUGUAUAUAUGUGAUUACCGUCUGGAUAAAUCUGCACAUCUCUUCUACAAAAUCCAUAGGAAUCUCUACACAGUCUGCACCAAAACUUAUGCCUUCGACCACUUCCCCAAGAAGCUGACACCAAAAAGGGACUUUUCACCUCACCAUGUGCCCGAUAACUACAAGCGGAAUGGAGGCAGGUCUGCCUGGAAGUCUGAGCGCCCCAAGCAAUCAAGCAGUGACCUGCACACAGAAGAAGACUCUCUUCCUGCAAUGGCGGAUUUACUGACCAAUCAGGAUGCUUGCCAGCAGGAAGUUCCUGCCUCUGAGGAGCCUGAGACCCCCUCUGUGGAAGUGAGUGAGCAGCAGGUGGAGGAAAGUAGCAGCAGUACCCAGGCCAAUUUGUGCUCCAUGCAAGAGAGACAGCAGCUCCAGAGGGACAAACUCAACCAGAUUCUGCUCCGGCUCCUAGAAAAGAUCCCAGGGAAAAAUGCAAUAGAUGUGACUUAUCUCCUGGAGGAAGGUCCCUGCAGGAAGCUGCGCAGGCGCACCCUUACUCUGCCCCAAUGCAUCUUCAGGAAGUGAUGCGCCUGAUGUGACAGAGAGAGAUGAUGGGGCGGCAGUUGUGAGUCUGUGUGAUGAGUAACACAGUGUCUCCUCUUCCAUUGGUGUUGCUUGUGCAGCUGGGAGAAUGGGGUGCAGCGGGCUCGUGGCACCUGAGGGCCAACACAAGGAAUUUGCUCAGUUCCUCAGUGCCUUUUAGCUUCGCGCCCCCCAGGAGCAAAGAAAAGGGAAACCCCAGUUGAUUGGAGUUUGCCAGAAGAGCUUGCCAUUUUUGGCUUUACUGCACACCUGGGCGUGGCCUAACGGAUUCCUUAUGCCCGACUCUAAUAGCGCCCGUCAUGUCUCUAUAAUAAUAAUAACUGGGACCCAGGAUAAAUUGCUUAGGGUGCCAAACAGUUGCACAGUGUCCCGACCUUCUGGGCAUGUCCUUCCUCAGUAUUCCCACUGACUCCCUUCAAUAGCAGCACUAGGUUCAGCCUGAAACGGACACAAACGCAAGUCCCGCCCACGAGGAGCUGCCGUCACAAGCUAAACGUUCCCAGAGCAACAGCAAAAGCACUUUUCAGCUUCCAGAGCUCACCUAGCAGGGGGCAAAAACUCCCAGGACCACCUCAUCCAAACAGGGGAAAAGUCCAACUACUCCCGGCCCCUCUCAGGGACAGCAGAGGGGACUUCAGGGUCCCAUUAACCCCGUGCCCCUGAGGCAUCAGGAGUUACAAAAGGAAAGCUCAGCUUAUUAUUGUCCUGAAAGGACCCGCGAUUGUGUGGAUACCAGAGUGCCAAGUCGUGUGUAUAUCUGAUAUACAGGAGGGUGCAAAGCAAUACGACUCCCUGCCAGCCCGUUAACCCUCUCCCUGCCAACCCCCAGCACCGCCGCACUUUGCCUCUCGCUGGCAGGGAAAGACAAAAUCACCUAAAAACUAUUUUAUUAAAAGCAGAAGAAUGUGCAUAUUUUCUUACAGAAGAGUGUGGUCAAUAGGAGUAUCUAAUACUCGUCCCAGACGGACUGCACUCACACUCACACUCAGCCUGCGUUACUUUGUAAUCAGGAAGAAAGGGAGAGAGAGCCGGCGCCAGAGGCAUCUCACAGCUACAGUAGGUGUUUCCCUUGGCGUCUGUCCUCCUGCUGCUCAUUUCAUGGGGCCCCCGCUCCAUCCCUCCCCUGCUCACGACAUAGAAACCUAUUGUGAGACAAUCAAAGGAUUGCAGCUCUAUAUAAAUAUAUAUUAAUCUAUUUUCUCUGUGCGUGCCUGUGUUCUACUCCCUCCUCCUACUCAUCUACAACUCUCAUUUUAUAACCAAUCAGAAGAAGGUUUAUAAAACUCUCUAAGCACUACGUGAGGGCCCGUCUGCAUGGAUGCCCUCGAUAAUGUUCUUGCUGACGAAAAGAUGCUGCUAAGAACUUUCUACCACGAAAAGAAGCUUCACAACAUAGAUCUUUGUUUGAUGUUAUUCUCUGUACAUGAUGUAUUACCCACCCUAGCAUUGGAUGUACUUACCUCUCAGCCAAUGGGAGCCUAGUAUUAAAUGGGAAGACAACCCUUUCCUACCAA